ACUGAUACCAGCUGGGACCAAGGCACGGGCCCUCACCUGCCUCGUCGGCUUAUCUCAUCUCAUUUCACACCCAUCUCACUAUCUGCCUCACAUCCCGAAUUGACUCACUGAGCAAGCAAGUCACUCAAGAAAGAAACAUUCCGGGUGAAAAACACAAUGGCAGUGACGGAAUCAACACGAGUAGCACAAGUCGUCGGCGCUUUAGCCUGUCAAACCCAGUCGUACCUCAAGACACUGGAGGCAGAAGUCAUCUCGUGCGAGAAACGGCCUCCUCCCACGGCGGUCAAGAAGAAUGGCAACAAGGACAAGAACAAGCCUGCGGAUGCCGCCGACGGGAGCAACGCGCAGACAUGGCUCAUCGAGUUCGCCGACUCGGUCCUCUUCCCCGAAGGCGGCGGCCAGCCAUCGGACCACGGAACCAUCACGCCCCUGAUACCAGACGCGGAGGACGCGACCGCGGCGGUCCCCAUCCCGAUCGAGUUCGUCGAGCGCGUCGGGCUGCGCUGCGUCUACCACUCACCCCGGCCCCUGACGCCGGGCGAGAGGGUCCGCCAGGAGGUCGACUUCCGGCGCCGGUGGGACCACAUGCAGCAGCACACCGGCCAGCACCUCCUCUCCGCCGUCAUGAAGGCGCACGACAACAGCCUCGACACCCUCGGCUGGGGCAUGGGCAAGGGUGGCGCGAUGAACUACGUCGACCUGCCGCGCCGGCCGUCCGACGCCGAGAUCCAGGGCAUCCAGGCCCGGUGCAACGAGAUCGUGCGCUCGGCCUUGCCCAUCACUGUCGAGACCCCGGUGGAUGCCAAGGUCCACAAGAUGCCGGGAGACUACGACCAGAGCAAGGGGGUCGUGCGCGUCAUCCGCAUCGGUGACAUUGAUCGCAACACAUGCUGCGGAACCCAUCUCUCGCAAACCUCCCACAUCUCCCUCAUCCUCAUCCACCACGGCGAGCCGGUCCACGGCACGAACUUCCGCCUCUACUUCUCGGCCGGAGACCGCGCCAUCGACAUGGCGACGGCCUCCAUCGGCGCCAUGGGGUCCGUCUCGCGGCUGCUGUCGUGCAAGAACGCCGCCGACGAGGUGGUGCAGGGCGUCAGGGCGCUGCAGGGCUCCGUUUCGGAGCUGAAGAGGCGGGAGAAGAAGCUUCUUUCCGACGUGGCUGAGUUCGAGGCCGACUCCGCCCGGGCGAGGCUGCAGCUCGGGAAGAGCGUCUGGGUCCACCGCGCCGACGGCAACGCGGACUUUGUGAAGUGGGUCACGGCCGGUGUCAAAGACGCCGUCGCGGCGCGCGGCGGCGUGGUUGUCGUGGCCACGGGCGAGGAGAAGAAGAGCGGGCAGCUUGUCGUCCUCGGGGAGAAGGGCGGCGUCGAGGCGAUGGUCCCGAGAAUCAAAGACAUCGUGACGGGUGUCAAGGGAGGCGGCGCCGGGGACAAGUGGCAGGGCAAGGUUGUCACUUGGGAGAAGGGCAACUUGGAGGCGCUCAAGAGGCUGGUGGAAGGCUCAGAUGCCUGAGAGGGGGUGGGGUUCCAGGAUGAACAGGAUGAAGGGAGGCUGCCAAAGAGGGAUUUCAUAGACUACGAACAGCAAAGCCUCAACAUUACUAGAACUAGACCGGGCUCCUAUUUACAAAUACCUAUUUACAUGAGUGUCUCGGGCGUUUAAGGAACCUCACCACCCAGAUCCCCGGACCCAGACG